UUUCUUAAGAUAACUCUAAUUUUCUUAUAUACCAACCAGUCAACAACUACCAGCACUGAAGUUCGAGUUCGAGCUUUUCCCCUGCAUUUUUAACCUCUCUUCUUACUAGCUUCCUAAACAGUCUUUCUUCAACAAAUUCCAUACAACCAGUCAACCAGUAUAUAUAGCAAGUAAUGUAUAAUGUCGUAUCGAAUUGAAUCGUACGACGAAUUAUACAAACAAUAGACUAGUGAUAGUCAUAUAUCUUUGCAUGGUUUUCUAAUACUCAUGGUAUUAGAAGUUGCAUUAUCUAAAGUAACAAAAUGGCAGGGUCUGCUGGCAAAGUUGUAAAAGCCAAGCUGGUUCUUCUUGGAGAUAUGGGAGCUGGAAAGACGAAUUUGGCAUUGCGAUUUGUAAGAGGCCAGUUCUUUGACUGUCAGGAACCAACAGUAGGUGCAACAUAUUUCACUCAAACAUUAUCAGUAAAGGAAGCAACCAUUAACUUUGAUGUAUGGGAUACUGCUGGACAAGAAAGGUAUCAUAGCAUGGCUCCUCUGUAUUAUCGUAACGCGACAGCAGCUCUUCUGGUUUACGAUAUCUCUGACAAGCAUUCUUUUGUUCGAGCGAAAAAACUGGUUCAAGAACUACUAACAGAAGAGACUCCGAUUCCAGUGUUGUCGCUGGUGGGGAACAAAGCAGACUUGGAAACAGAAAGAGAAGUAGCUACUGAGGAAGCCGAAACCUUGUCUCAAGAAAAUGGACUAUUCUUCAUGGAGACAUCUGCAAAGACUUCACAUAACAUCAAUGAGCUCUUCUAUGAAAUAGCAAAACGAGUAGCUGAAGUUUGCCCUCAGCAGCCCUCAGAUAUUGACCUGCAAAAUGAAAUACAAAACAGAAGAUUUUCAUGCUGUUCAGGAUGAAUUGUGCCCUUUUGGCUUCACUGAAAAUGCGACUACAAAUCUACAAUUGCGGCUCAAUGCUUAUAUAUUACUGCAAAUUUAGUUUUACACACUUGUAGUUUGAUGAUUGAAACAAUGUGAAAAUGUUAAACACGAAUGAUAUAAGAGUUCAUUUGCUGUGAAAAUGGAUGAGACAUAAGCUAAUUGAGGAACAGACGAAGCAAUGGACACAAAAAUGUUGUCGCAUAUCAUGAAAUAGAAUCCAUGAAUAUCCCUGAAUGUAUCUACUUCUUGAUGACUUUGUGAAGUUAAAUGACUUACAAACACAUUGAA